AUGGGGUUCCUCGGGGUAUACCAAGCGAUCUACGACUACCAACCCCAAGGUGAUGGGGAACUCGAGUUACGAGAGGGUGAUCUGCUGUGCGUCCUUGAGAAGAACAACGACGACGAUUGGUGGAAAGCGAAGAAGAAGGCCGAUCGAGACGAUGAGGAUGAGCCGGAGGGACUUGUACCGAACAACUAUGUCGAGGAGGCUCAACCCGUCAGUCAGGCUAAGGCGCUCUACGAUUAUACUCGUCAAACAGAUGAGGAGGUGUCCUUCUCCGAGGAUGCAGAACUUGUGGUCUACGACAUUUCCGACCCAGAUUGGACAUUAGUUGGAGUCGGUUCGGAUUUCGGCUUCGCUCCUGCAAACUACAUCGAGAUUCAGGAGACCUCGAGUCGCGACGUUCCUGCUACUACCGCGGCCACUGCAGCGCCCUCCCUUCCCUCUCCGCCUCCGAUCGAGCCGCCAGCCCCGGCCCUCCCGCAACGACCGGUUGCUGUACCCGAGGAGGAACCUAUUGCGCCCGCGUCAGCUUCGCCAAUUGGCACGAUUCAGAAUCCUGCCGCGGCAGCGAUUGCCAAUAUCAUUCAUAAGCAGCAUGCAUCUCCCGUGGAAACCGGACCCUCCAGGGAGAUUCCUCCCCCUCCGCAACCCCAGCGAUCAGCCUAUGAACCAGAAGACAACUACAGCCACCAACGGGAACGCUCGCCGCCGCCGCCCGCGUUGCCGCAGCGUCCUCCAUCCCAGCAUAUCUCCUCGCCGGUCGAGCGCUAUUCGCCUCCCCAGCCCUCUCUGUCUCCUAAUUCUCAAUAUGGCGCGGUGAAGGAGCGCGAUGGCCAAGGAGUGAAGGAGUCUCCUCCUUACAACAGGAUCGGGCAGUCUACGCCUCGGUCUCCCUCCGGAUAUCAUUUAUACAACAUCAAUGAAAUGGUUGAGGUUAUGGGCAAGCGGAAGAAGAUGCCCACGACACUGGGUAUCAAUAUUGCCACGGGGACGAUUUUUAUCUCGCCAGAGGGAGACGGAGCCCAGCAGGAGUGGACUGUGGAUCGGCUUUCGCAUUAUUCCAUCGAAGGCAAACAUGUCUUUCUCGAUCUGGUACGGCCCAGCAAAAGCAUUGAUUUUCAUGCUGGCGCCAAAGAUACCGCUCGAGAGAUCGUCUCUGCGCUGGGUGAAAUUUCCGGAGCCUACCGCGCUGAAGGUCUGAAGGAGGUGAUUGCGGCCGGUGCGGGCGGUGGAGGAAAGAAGAAGGGGCAAGUUCUGUAUGAUUUCAUGGCCCAGAGCGAUGACGAGGUGACGGUGGGAACUGGUGAUGAGGUCGUCAUUCUGGAUGACACCAAGUCGGACGAGUGGUGGAUGGUGCGACGCAUUAAGAAUGGCAAGGAGGGUGUGGUCCCGAGCAGCUAUAUCGAAAUCACUGGAUUUGUCUCCAGUCCACCUGCCGGCGUCGAACCGGGCCUUUCGACUGUGGAGAGAAACCGGCUCGAAGAGACACGUCUGGCUAAGCAGGCAAUGCGAGCUUCGAGGACAGACUCAAUAGAUUCGCGAGGCUCUGAGGUAGGUUCUGCUGUGUUAAUUUACCCGUGCCGUGAUGGUUCAAUGGCGAAGGAAAUGAUGCUGACGAGAGAUCCAACACAGCGUCAAAAGCGCGACAGCAAGAUGAGCACAAAGUCCAAGCCCGACCCCACCAAGACAAGGCAAUGGACCGAUCGUUCCAAGACGUUUACUGUAGAGGCACAGUUCAUUGGUCUACAGGAUGGCAAAAUCCAUCUUCACAAGGUGAAUGGAGUCAAAAUUGCAGUCCCCAUUCCCAAGAUGUCCGUUGAAGACCUUGAGUAUGUCGAAAAAGUCACCGGCGUAUCGCUUGAUGAAGACAAGCCCCUCUCAGAUAUUCGCCGUCGAGCUCAGAAAGCUGAGCAGAAGCCGGAAGCCAGCCGGUCCGGUGCUUCAGUUCAGCCAGAGUACGAUUGGUUUGAUUUCUUCCUGAAGGCCGGAGUCGGUCCCCAUCAAUGCGAGCGGUAUGCACAGAAUUUCAUCAAGGACUCCAUGGAUGAGGGCGUCCUGCCAGAUAUCACUCCUGAAACACUCCGGACUCUUGGGUUGAAGGAGGGUGACAUUCUGCGGGUCAUGCGCCAUUUGGACAACGUGUUUGGUCGAACUGGGGCCAAGUCUAAGCUUCGCAAUGUGAGCUUCGGGGGAGAAGAAGUCAUUGGCAACGGGGAAGCUGGCUCUCCCGGUGGUCUAUUUGCUGGUCCCGGAGGCAUGCUGCGCAACAAUACUCGCAAAGGCAGGCCAGCACCGACCGUCCAGGCCGGUGAUGUGGUCGAUCCUAAAGCGUUUGAGCAAAAGGAUGAAAGUGCCAAACCCCACGAACGUACCGCGACACCCCCAACCCCUGCUGCUGCCGAGAAGCCGGUGCAGCGUGGCUUUGACGAUGACGCUUGGGAAGUGAAGCAGCCGAAAUCUGCCCCUGCCUCCGCGCCAGCUCCUUCAUCUCCUCCACCUGGUACGGCUUCACCCGCGCCAGCCCAGGCUCCAUUGCAGAAACAACUUACGGGCGCCAUGGCCGACCUAUCGCUUCUCCAAGCCCCGCUUCAGCCGACACCUGCCCAACCGGCCCCUGCAACUACUCCUCAGGCGUCGCAAGCCCCUCCGGCUCCUCCUGCUAUCCAGCCGCAGCCGACUGCGGUGCCUACGCCACAAGUACAACCGCAACCGACCGGCGCCACCCCUGGUUUCUUCAAUCAAGUGGCCCAAGUCGGACAGCAGCCUAUGCCGACUGGCAUUCAAGGGUUCAGUCCUCAGCAGACGGGUUUCCAACAGGCAUCAAGGCAGCGCCCUCAGCCUCCUCAAAACAUGGCUCAAAGCUCACUUCUUCCACCCCCUCCGCAGCGACCGCUCUCGGCACCUCAAAACUUCCCUCAGCAACAAAAUACUUUUGUCCUUCCUCCACUGCAAGCCCAGUUGACUGGUGUCCCUCAAGUCGGGCCGCAGAUUGCUCCACCGGGUCAGAGUCUGGCAGACCUGGCCCAGCAGCGAUUCCAACCACCGUUUCAGCCGCAGCCCACGGGAUACAUGCCGCAGAACCAAUUUGCAGGUGGUUUGAUGCCACAACCAACUGGCUUCCAGCCACAGUCGCAGUUUGGAAUCCAGCAACAGCAGACCGGGUUCCAGGGUCUGGCACCGCAGCCUACAGGAUUUGGCGGCUUUGCGCCUCAGCCUCAGCAGCCGAUGGCCACUGGUAUCAACACAAUUCUUCCUCCAGCCCUACAGCCUCAGCCAACAGGCUUGAAUGGGGCCGGCACCUACACUCUAUCGUCACCCCCACCAAUUCCUCCUAUUCCCCAGCAGCCCACCGCCACACCUUUGCAGCCACAGAAGACUGGGCCUGCUCCCCCCGUCAGAUUCGGAGUCAAGCAUGACGCCCCUAAGAAACUGGCUCCCCAGCCUACAGGCAUGAGGGCCAACCUAGCACAAGCCACCCCCACAAAUCCGUUCGGUUUCUAG